GGAAAUCCAACAUUUGAUGUGCAAAUAUCAAAUAUCAGUAUAACGUAUUUUGUAGAUUUAGCCUAAACAUUGCAUGUGUUUGUGAAUGCCGCUCCCGGUCUCCGGAACGAAAGUAGCUGAGGCUGAGGUAUCAGGCGGGGACGAAAACAAAGUUGGACCGCUAGCCCGGUCGAUGUUCUGAGGGCACGUGUGCGUUCAUCUAGGUCUACAGAAGUUAACUGCAAAAAUGCCGAAGGCGGCAAAGGGAAAGGGGCCUAUGGAGAAGAAAGUUGUUCAUCCGUAUAGUCGGAAAGCUGCGUAUAUGGCCAGAGCGGUCAUAAAACAGGACAAGAAAGAAAGACAGAAGAGCGAAAAAGCGCAAAGACUUAACCUAUUUCGAGAAAAGCUCUUGUGGUUUCAGAAUCAACUAGACUCGGAGAAGAAAGAAUAUUCCAAACAAGACACCUGCAACAUAAUUGAAAGAUAUCUCCACCGGUUUGAUGAGGAGUUGGAACAGAUUGAACUGGCGAACAGCAUCAAGGGUCGCCAGGGACGACUGCAUGGGGCUAGAGAGGCUGUCAUCAAACAGACUAUGGAGCGGGAGCGAGCGCAGUAUGAGGGGAAUGGUUUUGAAAUUCCAGAUGUCAUGAACUCCAAGCAUCUUAAAGUUUUCAGAGAGUGGGAUGGGGACCUGAAGAAGCUGCCUAAUAUUAAGAUGAGGAAGCUUUCUGCUCGAGGACUGAGUCAGGGAAAUCAGCAGCAGAAACUCACAGAGGAGCAAGAGGACAUUGGGGAACACAGUGAUCAGCCUGGAUCUGACGUUGACUUUGAAGAUGAAGAUUUAUGACUCUGUGUAUGCUUACAUGGACUAAAAAUGAAACAAGGACUUGUGUGUGUGUGAAAAGCCACGCUAUUCUCUGUGGUGCAGAGAGUUUUCUUUGUGGGUCUGUCUGUUUGGAGACUUGGGCCAUGUUUGGUGGCAACCAUGAAUAACUGAACCCAUACCAUCUUUUCAUCAUCAGCUGAAUACAUACCAUCUUCCUACAGUCACUCUCAAAAACACAGGCACAACAGUUUUCUGUACUCUGACAAUUUUAUUUCACCAAUGUUGCAUGUUUUACUUGAACCCCUCAUUUAUUUGGGUGGGUGUGACUGAAACAGGAAUAGACUGGGCAGUACACAAUUUACUGCCAAACUGAUCUCAUUUGCCUCAUUUCUACAUGGCCCCAAUUCAUGUCUGUUGCAGCAUUGUAGUUGAAUAGCUACUUUGAAAAACCAUGAUUGCUUUGACUAUAUCUGUUUUUUGUCCUGAACCUGAACAGUUACCAUUAAAAUUUUAAAGUAAAA